UCUUGCCUCAGCCUCCCGAGUGCUGGGAUUACAGGCGUGCGCCACCACGCCCAGCUGGGGUGGAGAGCUUGGAAGAGAGCUGUACACAUCCUGGAGGCCCCGAGGUCCGACUCAGCCUCCAGUCCAAGGACUUCGGCGAGGGACCUUUGCACUUGCCAGGCAGGCCCUUGUGCCACUGAGCUAGAUCCCCAGCCCUAUGAGAGCUUUCCUGAAGAACAGGGAAUGAAGCUAGAAAACGCAAAUGGCUCCCCACCAGCUGACUGCCCACGGUACAGCGUCCACCGCCGCAGUAGGGAGCGUGGGGCUGUGGGCCGGACCUGGCGUUGGCCGGGUCGCCGAGGCCAGGCCUCUGCCACAAGCGUCACAUGGCCCGCACUGCGCUGCCGCAGGACCUCGCACUCCGCUUCCUUUCUGGUCCGAGGAGCGUGACUCACCCCCGCGGCAACGACCACUCUUGUCAUUGUCAUCCCUGCACUGCCCACGCGCGUGCGUGACGUCCGCGCUCAUGCGCGCAAAGGUUAGACCCAAAUUUAUCAGACCCAGCAGGAAGUUGUGCGGGAAAUCAAAGCCAGUGGUAAAAAUAACUAUUCCAUUUCCACGCAGGAGGAUGCUUCGAAAUUGGCACCUCCGCCGGCGUCGGCAGUCCGCCCACUGCGGCUGGCUGCUCCAGCGCAGGCUGCGGAGGAGGAGCUGCCGAGCCGUGCCGGUGCCCCUCCUUCCUCUCCCGGUUAUACAUUCAUUAGUACAUGCUUACACCGUGACUGCGUGCGCCACGGGGAGCCCGCACAUGCACAUGACACCUCCUAAUUCUGUUUAUGUCCCCGUCCGCAUCUUCAGGAACGUAUUUUAACGACAGUUAUCGUGCUUUACUGUAUACUUAUUUCUU